AUGUACUCCUCUACUUACAAAGAGCUUCAACCGGCCAAAGGCACAUCGGCAAAGCGACCACCUCGAGUAUCCUGGAAAAAGGGCUCUGCAAAUUUCACGUCGAAUGAAGGGGGAUCUCACUUUCGAUUACCACUGCCCAUUCACCAGGGCGAAUUUAUCUUGGAUACCGAGCAGGACUUUAUCCUGCCUGCCGAUGUCUUCCAAGAGCACAGCAGUGGCCGUCUUCGGCCGAUAUCCAGUUACACCAAAAUCAAAACCAAUAUAUAUGUUGGACGGAGGGCUUGCAAAACAGAUCACCAAGCCGUAUGCCAAUGUGAGACACCGUCAGAUGGGUCCAUGGGUUGUGGUGAAAAUUGUCUCAACAGGAUGUUGUUCUACGAAUGUGAUCCAAAAACGUGUCCUUGUGCAGAAAAAUGUGCAAACCGACGAUUCCAACUGAAAAAGUACAUCAGUGAACUUGAACCUGUCCUUACAACUUCUCGAGGCUGGGGUUUGCGCACUUUGGUGGAUGUCAAAAAGGGUCAGCUGAUAACUGAGUACCGUGGUGAGGUGAUCACACACCAGGAGGUCAAGGAACGCAUGAAUACCAUAUACAAAAGCAAUCGAAACUUUUACUUUCUGGACUAUUGCAACGGUGAAGUCAUUGAUGCCGGACUCAAAGGAAGUGAAGCGCGAUUUAUCAACCACAGCUGUGAUCCCAACUGCCACAUUGAAAAAUGGGGUCUGAAAGGUGAACUGUUUGUUGGUGUGUUUGCAUCCAGAGAUAUCAAAAUAGGAGAGGAAUUGUUCUAUGACUAUAACUUUUCAACGUUUGGUGGCAGCGGAGACGAUCAACUAUGUCAUUGCGGCAGUAUCAAAUGCCGCGGUGCUAUUGGCAAGAAGCCGCGACGCGAAAACUAA